AUGUUCGAAGUGGUUCGUUGGGCGGGUGAAGCAGUGAAGAUUGUGCUGCGCUGUCACGAUGUUUUGGAUGUCGGGAUGGGUGUCGCCGGUACCGCCGAUGUCGCAAUUGCUAGGACUGCGUCUUGUGAUGUCUAUCAGGAGUCAGGCGGCACACGAGCAUCGGCGCAUCGAGUGAUCUGGAGCAGAACGAACGUGACCAGGGACCUGCCGAGAGCGAAGACGGGGGUUGACGCCAAGCCUUUCCGAUAA